GGCGAUGUGAAACACUACCAGGACAUAUCAGAGCAUCCCAGACUGGUCAUUGAAUAUUUAGUCGUACAAAACUGGCCGAGUUUCAAGUGCUGAUGGGAAACAUACGGUCGGUAACAGUGAGUGUUCAGUGCUUGUUAAGCACCCAGCAGAGUCGCAUGUAGUUUCGAGCCCUUAUUCUCAAACUCUGCCUUCAACCAGCAGCAUCUUUCCCUCCCCAUUCAAGGAUCUCACGCUUGGACGAGUGUGAUCUCCAUCUGUCUGCUGCAUUUCACGACCUGUGCUUCAAUAUAUUUUAUGCUGAAUUAAGCCCUGGGGGCUCGCUUGAGUUCAAAGGAUUGCACAAAUUUGUCAGGUGACGACAAAAGCUGCACAAUGAAGAUUUUUUUACUGCUCACCUUACUGACAUUAUGUCACGCCAAACCAUACAAGCCAGUCAACGUCAUGGACUUCAUGACAAAUGACAUCAUGCAACAAGAUGCGGAUGACGAUGAUGACGACGACGACGACGAUGACGAUUAUAAAGAUUACGACGAUGAUGACAACUUUGUGUCGGACUGUCCUGAAUGGUGCCGGUGCUCCAAGAAAGUUCUCCAGUGCUCAGAUCAAGGUCUGACCAAGGUGCCAAAGAACAUUCCAGCCAACACGGUGCUCAUCGAUCUCCAAAACAAUGACAUCACUGAAAUCAAGGAAGACGAUUUCAAAGGCCUGGAUCAUCUCUAUGCUCUGUUUCUGCUCAAUAACGAAAUAUCGAAAGUUCACCCCAAGGCUUUUCGCAACAUGAACAAACUCAAGAUCCUUCACCUGUCGUACAACGUGCUGACGCGAGUCCCCGAGAAUCUUCCCGUAAGCAUUCAGUCUUUGAGACUGCACGAUAACAAGAUCAGCAAAAUCCACAAAGGAGCAUUUAAAGGACUGCAAGAACUAAAUGUUUUAGAACUAAGUGCGAAUCCUAUUGAUAACAACGGGAUUGAAGCUGGGGCUUUCGAUGAUAUGGCGACUCUUUACCUGAGAAUAGCUGAAGCAAAGCUUACAGCUGUGCCUAAAGAUCUCCCAUCAUCGCUUACGGACCUUCACUUGGAUUAUAACAAAAUCGCCAAAGUGGAAUCUGAAGAUUUUUUGCGAUUGAAAAGUUUGCAAAGUUUGUGGCUCGAUUUCAAUCAAAUCAAAUUUGUGGAGAACGGAAGUUUUGCCGGCAUUCCCAAAGUUCGAGAAAUUCAUUUGGACAACAAUAAGCUGAAGAAAGUCCCUCCAGGCUUGAACAACCUAAAAUAUUUGCAGGUUAUAUACUUGCAUGCUAACAGCAUCGGUUACGUUGGAGUAAAUGAUUUCUGCCCUUCGAGAGCCCGAGUAAAGAAGACCCUCUUCACCAGGAUCAGUUUAUUCGCCAAUCCGGUAAAAUACUGGGAAAUUCAACCGCCCACUUUCCGCUGCGUCUCCAGCCACAAUUCGGUGCAGUUGGGCAACCACAGAAAAUGAGCAGGACGCCACUUUUCCACUGGAGGGCAGCAUUUCUAAGCAAUAUCAAUAAACUUCAUCCUAACGCAAUAAAAUAUCAUUUUAUGGGGUGAUGUACAGAACAUUAUCUAAACCAAAUCACGAGCAACUCAUUACUUGAAUUCGGUGAGGAUUUGCAUGACUAUGGCAUGUCCGGGACGUCCUGUAUGAUUGAAUUGGGCUUUUUGAAAUCCUGUAAAGACAGAUUUGACUACACUGUGUGCAAUAAUUACAUAGGUUUACUGUUUACAUUCAAUUCCAAUAAGGUGCAGAAUUUAAAGUUUUUAGAUCAAUUCAAGUCUAUAAAUAUUUGUUAGCUUAAAGAAACGACUCAUUGUUUUUUUUAAAAACUAAGAAUACUUUUUGUAUUAUAUGAGAGCGGGCAUUAUUCAUUGGUACUCGUGUUAAGUGAUGUUUUAUGAAUCGUCUAACAGCAACAUCAUUGCUAAAAUUAAAUUCUGAUAUUGCAUGCUAUGCUGUUUGUGUAAAACAAAAACAAAAAUGUCUGAACAUUGAUCAGUGUGGAUAACCUGCAUGGUUGAGGAUGUAAAAGACGAGUUACCAGACAUUUGCAAAAUUGCGUUUGUUAGCCAGCUGUGCUGUCUCACCCAGAUGUAGUUUUUCGUAAAUCUCAAUAAAUAACCAUAUUUGUGGUCUGUAAA